GUACAAGGUUACACUGUCGAGUGACUUCCAAACGACCUGUAAUCCAAUCUUUAUUCUAUUCCACUUGGGAAGCGACGACUACUACAACAAUACCACUUACUCUUCUCCCUCAAAUCAAACAUUCAUACUCUUUUUCUACUUCCCUUCUAUUCCCUCACCUCCCAAACUGAAAAUGGAUCACCGACCAGAAGCCUGGGGCCGUCCAAGGGACGAUGUCUAUGGCGCCUACGAUGCUUCCUACAUGCAGACCAACGGUCCUAACCAGCACACCCAGUCCCCCGUCGUUACGGGAACGUCCGUAGUAGCCAUGAAGUUCAAGGACGGUGUCGUCAUGGCCGCCGAUAACCUGGCAUCCUACGGUUCCCUAGCCCGCUUCACCGACGUAAAGCGCAUCCGCACCUUCGCCGACACCUCGCUCGUCGGAUUCGGCGGCGAUGUCAGCGACAUGCAGUACCUGGACCGUCACUUGACGGAGCUCGCCACCGACGAAGCCUACCAAUCCGCAGCGCACACCCUCAACGCGCGGUCUCUGCACAAGUACCUUUCCAAGCUACUCUACCACCGCCGCUCCAAGUUCGACCCUCUGUGGAACCACCUUCUCGUCGCCGGGCUCGACGAGGAAGACAAGCCGUUCCUCGCCGCCGCCGACCUGCUCGGCACCACCUUCACCUCCCCCUCGCUCGCCACCGGCUUCGGCAGCAUGCUAGCCCAGCCCAUCAUGCGCAAGUACGUGCCCGACGAGGCCUCCGUGGCCAACGUGACCCGCGAGCAGGCCGUCGAGGUCAUCCGCGAGUGCAUGAAGGUGCUGUUCUACCGUGAUGCGCGCAGUAUGGAUGUCUACUCCCUCGCCGUCGUCACCAAGGACGGCAUCGAGUUACAUGAGAACGAGAAGCUCGAGAACCAGAGCUGGGCCUUUGCGGACCGCAUCAAGGGCUAUGGCACACAGGUCGUCUAAGGAGCGAGUCCGAUGGGCAUCACCCGCUACCGUUAUCUCUUACCCUCGUUCAGCUAUCGGGACCACCUCCCGGCUCGUUUCGGUUCUUCAUAAACGAUUACGGGUUAGUUGGCUGGUCGGUUGGUAGCAGAGGCAUAUGGAGGGUUAGGGCUUUCAGGUUCAGGCCAGUUUCUAUCGUCGCUGACAAGUAGACGAAAAAGGCGAGGGGUCAAUGGGUCAAUACUAUCUAUAUCUAUAUUUGCUACCAAGUCACACUGCGUCCUACCUACCUAAAGAAAAGGGGGAUACAAUACAAUGUGCAUAAGUACCUAGGGUAGGUAGGUAGGGUACCAAGACAGUCCGGUAACAAUAAACCCAGCCCAAAGGACGAUACAAAACGUCCGAAAUUGCAUUUGAAGAAUUUGGUUUCUUCAUCUUCUCGUGUGUGUCCAUCGAAGCCCAAGUAAACGAGUAUGUUGUGUUGUAUCGAUAUACUGUUACGGCUACUGCUACUCCAACUACAAGAGUAUCUGGUUACUACGUAGGUAUCGAUAUAACUCACGUGCAUGUUGGAGGACGUAGUACUCGAUCACGGGGGCACAUGAUACACGCGGGUAUUAGGUAGGUAGGUA